GUUGGACCUUGGAUUCGGAGGAGGUUAGAGCCGUCCAGUUCUUCUGCUUUUGCGCGGCGUUUUUUUCUCUGAUUUUUUUUCUCACAGCCACAGACACAGAAAAUAAAUACUUCUCCACAGAAAACUCUUUGUUUCUCUCCAAUUUCUUCUCAAAUUCCUCUUUUCGUUUCAAGCACAAGCUAAAUCGUAAUCCAAAAACCGUAGUGGUUUGUUUACGAAACACUGCCAAGUUUCGGAUUUUAUCGAAAUUUCUAGGUACCGUAUUAGAAUCUUCACAAGGAUUCAAUCAAUUUCCUUUUGAUUUAGUGACUUUUGGUUAAAAUAAUUAAAAAAACCUUACCACUUAGACAACCAUUGGUUUCUUGCCAAAAUGUUUGGGUCAAAAAAAUCACCUGCAAAGAUUGCUCAAGCUGAUUCAGAUGCCGGGAAGAACGUGCUUAACCCCGCGAGAAGAACUUCUUCGGAGCCUAUGCUUGUCACCCCGGAUUUCAGCAACGAAAAAAAACCAUUAGAGCAGCAGAGUAUGCAAGAGUUAGAGAAAUAUGCCGUUAACAAGGCCGAGGAGACAACAAAGAGUGUCAACAACUGCCUCAGGAUUGCUGAGGACAUCAGAGGGGAUGCUACAAGGACACUUGACAUGUUGCACCAGCAGGGUGAGCAAAUUACAAGGACUCACAUGGCGGCUGUUGAUAUCGAUAAGGAUUUGAGUCGGGGUGAGAAGAUUUUAAACAAUCUUGGAGGCAUGUUCUCAAUGCCUUGGAAGCCGAAGAAGACCAAGGAUAUUUCGGGGCCUGAUUUUUCAUUAGCUGCACCCAAAAAAGCUGACCCACAGCAGAAGGAAAAGUUGGGUAUAGCUCCGAAAGGGCGGUCAGCUCCUGCAACGCCUCCUCCCGAAGGAUCAGGUGCCUUGCAAAAAGUCGAGCAUGAGAAGGCAAAGCAAGAAGAUGCUCUUUCAGACCUAAGCAAUAUAUUGGGGGAUCUGAAGGGUAUGGCUAUGGAUAUGGGAAGUGAAAUUGACAGGCAAAACAAAGCUAUUGAUAAUCUCUCUGACGAUGUUGAUGAGCUUAACUCUCGAGUGAAAGGUGCUAAUCAACGUACACGACGAUUGCUUGGGUGAAGACCAACAGCCUUACAAAUACCAGCAGCCUAACAUUAGUUACUGUAACUACAGAAAUCUUUUCCACUUUCGAUUGUAUAUAACUGGUCUCCCCCUAUUUGGGAUAUGCAUGCAAUAAAAGGAGCCUUUUUGUUCAGAUUUCA